ACAGGUACGCGAGCCUCCGGGCGCUGGACGCCCGCGACUGAGCCCUGAGUCCCUCUGGGUCCUGUCGUUCCGUUCCGGCGUCUCUCCGGGCCCUGGUGCGCGCUGCCUGGGGCGCAUUCCCGCGCCGCGCACCGGCUGGCUCUGGCGAGAAGGGUAGGGGCCCCUCCCGGCCGCCUCCCCCGCCUUCCUUUUGAUCCUGCCGCGCACUGCGUCCCCACGCGGAUCCCUGGCUAGCCUCCCGCCUGGCGGCGGAGCCUUGCUCAUGCCGACCCAGCAGCCAGCCGCGCCGAGUACGGGUCCCCCCAAACCCUCCCGGACCCUCUCUGGCUCACUUUGUGACCUGUUUUCUGAUGCAGACUCGGGGUCUAGGAUGAAGGCGGAGCUUUCUACUCGACCUGGGGCAGGAGGAAGGGAGAUGACCCAAGAAGAGAAGUUGCAGCUUCGGAAGGAAAAGAAACAGCAGAAGAAGAAACGGAAGGAGGAAAAGGGGGCAGAACCAGAAACUGGCUCUGCUGUACCUGCAGCCCAGUGUCAAGUAGGCCCGACCAAAGAACCCGCAGGACCUGGCAGUCAGCAGGCCACUGCUGGGGGGAAGGUUCUAACUGGUCGAAGUAAAGCUGAACUUCGUGCUGAACGGCGGGCUAAGCAGGAGGCGGAUCGGGCCCUGAAACAGGCAAGGAAAGGCGAACAAGGAGGGCCACCUCCCAGGGCCUGCCCCAGUACAGCUGGAGAAACCCUCCCAGGAGUGAAGCGUCUCCUUGAGCACACUCAGGUUGAUGACCUCACACUUCUGAGAAGGCUUGCUAAAAAACCAGAGCAACAACAGGUUCCUACACGAAAUGAUUAUGGAUCCAAAGUCAGUCUCUUCUCUCACCUACCCCAGUAUAGCAGACAGAAUUCUUUGACUCAGUAUAUGAGCAUCCCAUCCUCUGUGAUCCACCCAGCCAUGGUGCGACUCGGCCUGCAGUACUCCCAGGGCCUGGUCAGUGGCUCCAAUGCCCGGUGUAUUGCCCUGCUUCGUGCCUUGCAGCAGGUGAUUCAGGAUUAUACAACACCUCCCAGUGAAGAACUCUCAAGGGACCUAGUGAAUAAGCUAAAGCCCUACUUCAGCUUCCUGACUCAGUGCCGUCCCCUGUCAGCAAGCAUGUACAACGCCAUCAAGUUCCUGAACAAGGAGAUCACGGGUGUGAGCAGCUCUAAGCGGGAAGAGGAGGCCAAGUCAGAACUUCAAGCAGCCAUUGACCGGUAUGUGCAAGAGAAGAUUGUGCUUGCAGCUCAGGCAAUUUCCCGCUUUGCUUAUGAGAAGAUCAAUACCGGAGAUGUGAUCCUUGUGUAUGGAUGCUCAUCUCUGGUAUCACGAAUUCUUCAGGAGGCUUGGGCUAGGGGCCGGCGGUUUCGGGUGGUAGUGGUGGACAGCCGGCCACGGCUGGAGGGAAGGCACACACUACGUUCUCUGGUCCGUGCUGGGGUCCCUGCCUCCUACCUGCUGAUUCCUGCAGCCUCCUAUGUGCUCCCAGAGGUUUCUAAGGUGCUAUUGGGAGCUCAUGCACUCCUGGCCAAUGGGUCCGUGAUGUCACGGGUAGGGACAGCCCAGCUGGCCCUGGUGGCACGAGCCCAUAAUGUGCCAGUGCUGGUCUGCUGUGAAACAUACAAGUUCUGUGAGCGUGUGCAGACUGAUGCCUUUGUCUCUAAUGAGCUAGAUGACCCUGACGAUCUACUGUGUGAGCGAGGAGAACAUGUGGCCCUGGCUAACUGGCAGAACCACCCGUCCCUACGGUUGUUGAAUCUAGUCUAUGAUGUGACCCCCCCGGAACUGGUGGAUCUGGUGAUCACGGAGCUGGGAAUGAUUCCUUGCAGUUCUGUACCUGUUGUUCUACGAGUCAAGAGUAGCGACCAGUGAGUGGGGGAACACAGGGUCAAUAAAUGACAUGCUCCCUACAUUCAGCAA